GCACACCACCCUAUCCAAAUCCCACGCCUUGUUGCUUUGCGCAUCCCGCCUCUUCCCUAUCCGUCUUCCGUCCUCCGUCGCCGCGCAUGGCGCUGCCAUCCGCCUCGAUCACCCGCUUCGAUUUAUCUGGUCACCAGAAAGUGACAGGAAUUCUGCGUGGAAGUGUAAGUCCGCUUAGGUUUGCAGUGAACUUGGCAAAAUGUAGGCUUCGACAUUUUUACUUCUGGAGCAAUGAUUCUCAACAGGUGCUCAUCAGGAGCAUUAGACGAGGCAAAGUACAUCAUACCAUCAGCAGAUCUGGAAGCCGCUGCCUGCUUAAUGUCACAGUGCCCUGCAGUAUCCAAUCAGCACUCAUGACUGCUUCAGCUACACCAUAUGAUCCAUCAAGAUGUGUGCAACCUUCUCUACCAAUUAUUCCCCAGAACCUAGGUGCAGCUUUAUCAGAGUACAUACAGGGCUUGAUAAUAGCAGAUAUUGAUCCUGCCACAGUAAAACUUGCUAUCAGCGUCACAGGCCCUUUCCUCUCAGCAUUUGGUUUUUUGUUCAUUCUAAGGAUCAUCAUGUCUUGGUACCCCAAACUCCCAGUGAAGAAAUUCCCUUACAUUAUCGCUUAUGUUCCUACAGAACCUUUUCUCAGCAUCACAAGGAAGGUGAUACCACCUCUUGCUGGAGUAGAUGUCACACCUGUUGUCUGGUUUGGAUUGGUUAGUUUCUUGAACGAAAUAUUAGUAGGGCCUCAAGGGUUAUUAGUGCUUCUAUCUCAGCAGUUGUAGAACAUUGAUGUGUACAGUUCUCUAUCACUAUUUAGCUUUUUCUGCUCAACAUCCAGUUGCCUACUUGUAGAAUCUGGCAAGUUACAUUAACUUCCACCAUUUGGAGAAAAUUCUGGUACCCUGGUUGUAUGAGACUGCAGGUAUAUGAUUCUGGGGUGUCACCUUCAUGGUAUAUGUUUGACUUGGUUUGUUUCUUUCAUUACAUUGAACAGGUAACCUUUGUAUGUAUACUUUGACCUUGGAAUAAAUAUCUUCUCAUCAUUUAUCA